GCGGGGCGCACACGGCGCGGGGCUGCUGCUGGGCUAUCCCCCUUCCGCCGCCGCUCCCCGGGCGGCAGCUCCGGCCCGCGGCCAUGCGCCAGCGCCGCGCUGAGCGGCCGAGCGGCGGGGCUGCACCGCCGCCGUGUCCCGCGGCAGCGGCGUGAAGCGGCGUGAGGAUGAAGCGGGCGAGGCGGGCCGCGCCGGGCCCCCUGCCCCUUCUGGGGCUGCUGCUGCUGGGUGCCCUGCCGGGGCUCUGGACGGUGCUGCUGCGGCGGGAGGCGGCGGCGCAGCCGGAGCCGGAGCCGCGCCCGCCCGCGGAGCCACUCCCGGGGCGGUGGGGCUGGGGACGCUCCCCGGCGGCGCGGGGCGAGUCCGGCGGCGGCGGCCAGAAAACUUUCCGGACGCUACUGGCGGUGCCGGAGGCGGCGACGGGUCGGGAGGAGCGGGGCGGCGAAGAGCGGUUCGCUGUAACCGGCUCCUUGCCGCCGGCCGGUACCGCCUCUCCGGUGGAGCGGGGCAUCUUCUGGAGCCGUGAGCUAGAGGAGCAGGUGCCGCCGGGCUUCGCGGCGGAGGAGGCGGCGGCGUGGCUCUCGGCCGCCCGCGCCGCCCGUGUGUCCUCGCUGGAGCGGGGCGGCUGCGGGCGCAGCUCCAACCGGCUGGCCCGGCUGUCGGACGGGAGCCGCGCCUGCGUCCGCUACGGCAUCAACCCGGAGCAGAUCCAGGGCGAGGCGCUCUCGUACCACCUGGCCGGGGUGCUGGGCAUGCAGGAGCGGCUGCCGCCCAUGGCCCUCGCCCUGGUGGAGGCCCGCGGGCGGCAGUGGGAGCCGGUGCGGGAGGAGCUGCGCGGCUCGCAUUGGGCCGAGGGCGCCGUGGUCAGCCUGACCCGCUGGGUGGACAAUCUCACCGCCGUGGUGGCACCCCCGCCCUGGGGCGCCGAGGCGGGCGCCGGUCGGCGGCUGGAGCCGCUGUCGGCGGGAGACUUGGGCGGGCUGUCGGCGUCGCAGCUGGUGGAGCUGGUGCAGUGGAGCGAUCUGAUCCUCUUUGACUACCUGACGGCCAACUUCGACCGCCUGGUCAGCAACCUCUUCAGCCUGCAGUGGGAUCCCCGGGUGAUGCGCCGUGCCACCAGCAACCUGCUCCGCGCCCCCGACGGCGGGCUCGUCUUCAUGGACAACGAGGCGGGUCUGGUGCACGGCUACCGCCUCCUCGCCAUGUGGGACCCUUACAACGAGCCGCUGCUCCGCUCCGUGUGCGUGUUCCGCGAGGGCACGGCCCGCCGCGUCGCGGAGCUGCACCGCCGCCGCAGCGCCGCCGCCGAGCUGCGCCGCCGGUACCGGGCGCGGGAGCCGCUCUGGGCGCGCCUCGGCUUCCUCUCGGAGCGCCAGGCAGAGAUGCUGCAGGCCCGCGUCGACUUCGUGCACCGCCACAUCGCCCAUUGCCGCGCACAGGCCGCCGUGCUCUGAUGGCCCCGGGCCGGUCGGAAACGGGCGGCGAGAGCUCCAGCUUUCCUCUCCUCCAAGGCAGCGGGACUUGCCCCGGCAGCUGCCGAAAGCAGGAGCUGACCCAGCGUGCCACCUCGGUGCUCGGCGCCCCGUAAUCGCUGCGACUGCCGGGGAUGGGGGGGUGGGGUGCAGAGGAUGGGAACGGCGGGAAUCACAGGCUAUUUGCCUGCCGGGGCUGUCGAGAGGAGCGAUUAACUAGCGUUUGUCAAGAUCCCUGAAGAUGCAGAACGCAAUCGGUAUAAUUAUGGCCGAGUUUCGUUCCAGGACUCUGCCCUCAGAGUUCGGAAAAAAAAAAAUGAGAGAGUUCAGCAUUAUUAGUGCUUUCCUUAACUUUCUUGGUGCACUUGCCCUCAUAAGAAACCCCAUAGGAAAGCUGUUUCUUUGUCUGGAUUGCGGUCGAGUACCUCUUCCAAAGGACGCAGGCAGAAACGUUUUUUUAUAUAUUCUUUCUUUUGCAAUGGCAUAUUUAAGUAUGAAUGUUGAUAUUCACAGACCAAGAACUGAUUGCACAAUAGGGAAGCCCCUAACUAGCAAAACUGCCCUAUUUAUGAAACUUGUUCCCUACCGAUUAACGAAAGUGAACCUUUCCACUGAUUGUUAAAUCUUGUCGGUGAGAAGUGUAUAGGAAGCUGAUACUCCCUUAGCUCUUAGUUUUUGUUGUGGUUGCAUCAGGUUAAACUGUUUUCAUUCUAAGCAUUUGCUUGUAAUCAUCACCAUCAUCUUUUCAUCUGACCAGUAAAGUAACUGACUAAUGGGUGGCACAAGAGGAUCUCCCAUUUUUAAAAAAUGCUAUGUGCUAAGACUUUGACACAAUAGUUAAAAGUGGAGAAAAAACUGUUUCAUGCACUUUACUUUGACUUUUUAAUAUUUUUUUUAUAGAAAAAGACCUUUUUAUUUUACAAAGUCUGGUUUUUAUGUACAUUAUAUAUGUUAAUAAGUUUUUCUGUAACAUACUAAAGAAACUGAUAUUUCAGUAAAGUGUGUUAAUGUUUUGCC